UAACCGAAAAUUUAUAAAUAUAUAGAUCAUUUAAAGAAAUAUUUGGAAAUAUCAGUUUUUAUACUUUUCAUGACCAUUUUUUUUGAAUGAAAUCACAUCUACUAAUUAGCUAUAAGGAUAAUAUUAAUGAGUGAUCAUCAAAAGCCAGCUCAAUUGAUAUCAUAUGAAUACUCAUCCACGUCAGAGAUAGAAGAUGAUGAAAAUUUAAUUGAUUCAUCUUCCAUUAAUGAAACAAAUUUAGAAAUAUCUCCAAUUAAGCAAGCAUAUGAAUCGUACUCAGAACACACAGAAAUAGAAAUAACUGCUAGUAAUAUAUCACCCAUUGAUUCCUUGCAAGAGUCACCCCAAGAAAAUGUGUCAGACAACGUAAGUGAAGAAGAAAAAUAUGAUUUUGAAAUAUCAGAUGAAGAAUAUAUAGCCUCACCACUAAAAUCACAAGCUGGCAUCUCAGCUAUCAAAAGUUUACUAUCCUACGGUGCUGAUCUUAAUACAACUAAUGCUACUUUAGACCCUAAUGAUAGUCUUACUAAUGAUGGACUGAUUGUUGCACCUCAUAUUCCAACUAUUGAUGUGAAGAAUAAAGAAACAGAUUUUUUUGAACUAGAUCAAUCAGCUGAAAAGCCAAAAUCAAGAGCAAAUUCUGGAAACUGGUCUGAUUACAAAAAUGAGAACCCACAAGAAAAUAAUGAAUCACAUGUAGAUUCAAUUCAUUCUUCCCAAUCUAAAGAUGACGAAAUGAUAAAGAUGGAAAGCUGGCAACAAGACCUCAUACAAGAAGCUGAUGGUAAUGAUGAUGAAAUGGAUGUAGAGGAUGAUAAUAUGGGUUCAAAUCCAGAUGAAGGAAAUGACUUUGAUCCCAAUCUUUCAACAGAAAAGCUCAAUAAAAUAUUCUGGGAACCAGAUGGGCCAGCAUGGGCUCUUGCCUUGGGACUCAAAAAGAUUUCUCAAUCUAAUCCGGAUAUUAUAAACACCCCCGUGGAUGUUUUAUUGCCGGAACCUAUAGGGAGAUGUUCGGAAGCUUUACAAGAAAAAUUCAGGAUACUCCACGAGAAACGGAAGAUUUUCGAAAGUCAAAAAAACAAUCAUUCUUCUGGCGAAUCGGAGGAAUCGAUGGAGAAAGAUUUCAAUGACGUCAUUUGCGAUAACAAAGCCUUCCGCAACCCCAGCAUAUACGAAAAACUGCUGCAAUAUUGCGACAUCGACGAUUCGGGGACCAAUUGCAUUCCUACCACCGACUUCACUUACCAUCAAAAAAGCUCCACCGACGCCAAAAUUGUCAAUAUAGGCAAAUAUGGCCCCGGGGUUUACAAUACCAAAAGAUCUACCGGCAAAAGACUGUGGGGUCGACCAUCUUUUUACGAGGAACUGGCACGUGUGCAAAAGACCGAAAUGGAAAGGUGGGAGAAGGAACGGGUUUUGCACGUGAGCAAGGAAGCCAUAGCCAAGGCGAACCAGGUGAGCCAUCAGAUAAUUCAGAUGGCCGAUCAGGCUGAGAAACUCAUAAUGGAUGACAAAGAAGUGAUUUUAAAGUCAAAGUUAGCCAUCAUAAAGAGGAAAAUGUGGAAAUAAAAAUUGAAGUUAUAGACAAGCCCCCUCCCGGGUUCGGUUCUAGUUUUGAAAACCCAUUUGACGUGAAUGCCAAAGAAUUAAUCAUCGUCAAAAGUAAGAAAACCAAGUGGGACAAAUGAUGAUACAACAGUUAGAAACCAUUUUCUUUUUUGGGAUUCGACGCAAUCGAAUGUCAGCAUAAUAUCAUCGAGUUUUUCGAGGGGGUGCAAUAUAACCGAACAUGAAUUAUAUUAGUUUUAACAUUUACAAAAACUGUGAUAACAAUGUCUCAUUAUA